GUGUUUUGUAUUGUUUUAUUUCCCACAAUUGAAAAACAAGAAUUACAGUUUUUGUUAUUAAUAAUUAAAAUCAUUGGGUGGGAGACCUUAGAAACCUUUCCAGGCUUUUACACUACUGUAGCGUUUGCUGCGACCAAAUAUCUAAAUUCUCAAGUUCAAGGGCGUGUGGCUACAUUACAGUCAGUGCUUACAAUUUCCUGAUUUGAGUGGAACAUACACAUAUUUUGAGAAGUACACUUACUGGUAACACUUAUUAUGGACUGGAACUGAAAGAAAACAGUAUGUUUUGUGAAUAAUAACCAAAUAUGUUUAUCUGUAUCACUGUUGAUAAAAUAGCAAAUAACCAAAUAAUAAGUAAAUAAAUAAAUGAAGUAAUUAUAAAACAAAACUUAUUGCACAGUGUAACAUAACCAUGUGAAAUAGUGUAAGAAGUGGUCUAUGAUGAGGUGCCUUGGCAGUCUUUCUGAGCAUAAGGCCAGUUGUAAUUCAUGAUGUCACUGAAUGGCAUCGGGCAUUUAGGGGCUUGAGAUUAUGCACUCUCCAUGUAAAAUUUCCAUCUCCAGGUCAAAAAUGACAUCAUUGAUUUUCUUUUUUGCUCUUGAAAGAUCUCUACAUUAGAACUGUUGCAAAGUAAUCUCGACACUCUUUAAGAUGAAGGUUAACUCAUCAUCAUUUGAGGCCUAAGUAGGGUUAAUGGGCAGUUGAGUAACAGACAUCUGUAAGCACUUGACUGCCUCCUUAUAUAACUCAAGCUUGGCUUCCUCCAUUUCCUUAGCAAGUGUGGCUUCGUUUGAUCUUGGUUUUUUUGGGGGGUGUGGCUCAACAUUUUCCACAUCUACUUUCAGAGUGCUUGUCUGGGGGUCAAUAUUGUCACUCCCCUUGAUAAACAACAUACUCUUGAAGUACCGCCAGGGGGAUUAAUACGCAGCGUCAGUCCCUGUUCCACUCACUUUGCUUCCCUCCUCCCUCUUGACUUCCCUCGAGAAAAUGGUUUUCAGAGUUGUCCACUCUUUCUUGAUUUCGUGCACUUAAAGACUUCAGGUUUAACUCCUUCAACUGCUUGUCCCUGUAUUCUGCUAAGUUGUGGUUCCACAGAUCCUCUUUGCCCCUAUAAUAAUCUAUUAAUUUCUCAACCUCCUCAGGGGCCCACUCUUUCUCCUCCUUGUCCUGCAACACAAUUUAAAGAAAACAAGAUUUACAACGGCAUCUUGUUUACAUUUGCAUUUUUUUCAUCGACACUUCUGGCAGAAAAAGGUUAAGAUUAAAGAAUAGGCAAUUAUAAAAUUAGUGUUCUAGUAAGAUACCAAAGGUUAAUCUCUUUAAUAGUUAAUUAUAAUAGAUAGAUGCAAUGAAACGCAGCCUACCUUCGUACUUUUGACAGUAGUAAACCUUGAUGCUAAACACUUGUGAUUUGUUGAUAGGUCUCAAAAGGCUUUUUUUAUGGAAUUUUGCUACUUAUGUCCUUUAAGAUAGGUCAUCAAUACCUUCGUCAUCGCCUAUAUUCUCCUCAUCAGUUUUUCCGUGGUGGGCCUGAUGACCUGGCAGAAAGCAUCUUUUCUUCUCAAGAAGAAGAAGAAGAGCACACAACUGAUGUCACAGCAGAGGAACUUGCUUUUCCCCCUUUGGCAACUGGUAUACACGCAAUCUUUUUGGCAAGGCAUACCACAGAUUUAUCUCUGUUGGAUCAGCCGCCAGCUGGUGCUGCAACUGAGGCUGUUUUAUCUUUUGGAGUUCCAAACCUCUCUUGGAACAAUGUACAGGAUUUCAGACCAAAUCCACCAGUGGAGCAUUAUGAAGGGGGUGGCUGCUCUCGUGGCGUACUAGUGGAUGAUGACAAUAUUCAUGGGCCAAUAAGUGAGUCAUGUGGAGGGCACCUUUACUUACCUGCAUGUCAUUCUCUUGGUAACCUUAAUUCAUGCUGUCACUGUGGGGAGGAGGCAGUUGCUGAUUAUGUGUUCCUUCCUUGUUUUCACAAGAUACAUCGUAACUGCUAUUUUAUCCGUAUACAAAGACACAUGCGGACCUGCCCAGUUUGUGGACAAGUCUUCUGAGUUAUCCAUAAAGAAGAAUCUGUAUUUGGUGGAGAAAAAGACAAAAGAUACUCUUUUCCUUGGUUACACCCACUUUGUACCUAACCAAGGUAGUUAAUCUGCUCACUAAUUACAUUCCUUACCCAGAUAUUGUGAAAAAAUUAAAAAAAAAGUAAAAAAGUAAAAAGUAAAAAAGUGAGAGAAUUUGGGGGGACCACUCCCUUGGCAAUAAAUUAUGACCGGUCCCCGACCAAGAAAAAAGAAGUGAGCUUUUAUGAUUGACUAAAAGGAGGGUAUUUAUUUAUUUUUUGAGAAUAAGAGCUCAUAGUAUAUACUGUUCGAGUUCUUGAUAUUUAGCAGAUGUUUAAAAGUGUGAUCACUAAGGGUGAAAUUGGAAUAAGUGUUUUCAAUAUUUAGAAAAUUGGUGGAAUAUUUAUAGAAAUUCGAUAAUUGAAGAUCAAUGUUUGUUAAAGACUUUGUAUUUCGCAGAAACAGUUUAAGAAAUAGAAAAAUUUAAUACUAGAGUAAUCUGUGCAGUACAAAGGAAAAAAUAUUCAUGGGACCUGGUACAAUUUUGUUUUAGCUUUCAUAAAGUAAUUUUUUUUAUUGUUAGGAUGUAACAGACUCAGUAUUUCAUUCACUUUCCAUUGAAUGGAUGAAAUUUAAAUAUACAAUCAGUUUUAAUUAAAUUAUUUAUGUUUGUAAACUAAAGAAGUCAAAAGAUGCAAAACAAAGUGCUAGUUAAAUGAUGAAUAAAGAUACACUCAUUGUUCUUGAAAA